AUGAACGCCUUGUACGGCACGACAAGCAUGUGCUGUGCCUGUGAGCCCAGACUGCCUGCCCUAAAGAUGCCCCAGGCCCCGCAUCGGGCACAGCCCACCGGGCCCCAGUACUUCACUUUCGACCCACUCCCAGAGGUCGAGGCGAGUCCAGCCUACAAGAAGCCCUCGAGGACCGCCAGGAUCAAGAAGCGAUCCCGUAGAGUUCUCUAUCCCCCAGUGGUGAAGCGCUACUACCCCACCGAGGAGCGCAGCUUCUCCAAGCGCCUGCUCGUCAUCCUCCUGGCCGUCGUCUUCUUCCAGAUCUACAGCGCCGAGGAGGAGCUCCCCCUCGCCCUGGGGGCCUCCGAGGAAGCCGCCCUCGCCCGCCCGGCGGCCAAGGCGGGGGGACCCCGCUGCGAGCCCUUCCCCCUGCAGCAGCCCGGCUCCACCGCGCCCUCCUGGCAGGGGGCGGCCAAUGCCACCGCCCGGCCCUGGGGCAGCCCGGAGGCGCCCGCCUCCACCGUCAUAGACAUCACCCACUUCCUGCUGCAGAGCCGGUUCGCUUUCUGA